UGGGUGGUAGAAGACCUAUCAGGAACAGCGUCCAUGCAUGAGAAGAUACUAGAGUUCAUUUAGAUGGUCAUCACCUUCUGCAGCCUCUGGUUUGGGACAGUUCUGUGUGUGUUCUACUGCAUGAAGAUCCCCAACUACAACCACCGCUUCUUCCUCUAUGUGAAAGUGAGGAUCUCCAAGAUGAUCCCGUGGCUGCUAUUAGUAUCAGUGACAAGCUCCUUCAUCAGCAGCCUGCCCAUUGGAUGGAGUAUGGACAGUUCUAUGUUCCCCUACAAUUCCACAAAUGGCACAAACAUGGAAACCACUUUGUAAGUCCCAAUUAUAAUUUAUUUGGCUGGAAAUUCAGUGCCGUUCUUCAUGUUCUGCGUUGCCAUCACUCUUCUAAUCAGGUCCCUGUGGAACCACACGAGGCAAAUGGCUGGGGGGGAGGUGGGAUUUGGGACCCCCCAGCUUCAGGCUCACUACAGCGCAAUUAGAUGCAUGAUGUCUUUCAUGGUACUGUUUAUUCUCUUUUUCCCAUCCUCUGUGUUCUUGGCUCUUCCAAUGGUGUUAAUGAAUGAUACGUUGCUAUGGUUGUGUCUCUUUAUUGCUGGUUUAUACCCGAGCCGACCCUGUGUUAUUUCCUUUGCUGGGUAA